CAAAAAAAAAAAAAAAAAUUUUUAGAAAAAUAGAAUCGAAAAGAGAUUUUUCACGCGUUUAAUCUAAUCAGCUAAGCAAUGUAUUUUGGCAAUAUACGCAGUCACGCCCACGACAAUGAAAACUUUGAGGAUGACAGCACCCGGAGACAUUUUAUCUCAAAAGUGUGCAGCAUACUUGCCAUGCAAUUGGCGAUCACCGCUGGAAUAACAUGCAUAUUUGUCUUCAUUGAGAGUCCCAGACAUUGGUUAAGCGAACAUGGUUGGCUAUUUUAUGUAGCCAUAGGUAUAUAUAUGAUACUAUCUCUCGCGCUAUUUUGUUGUCUUUCGCUUGCUCGAAAGGUGCCUAUUAACUAUAUACUACUGAUAUUAUGUACGGUGGCCGAGUCAAUUAUAGUUAGCGUUAUAUGUCUAUUAUAUGAUCCUCUUAAGAUUCUAUCAGCUGUGGGCAUUACGGUUGCUGUCUGUCUUAUUCUGGCACUUUUUGCAGCCUUUGCUCCGUGCGAUUUUACGGGUUGUGGUCCAUUUUUAUGUAUAUUUGCGAUUGUUCUGGUUUUAUUAGGGAUCGUCAAUAUUUUUAUAAGAGAUCGCACCCUAAUCUGGAUAUUUGUUUGUGCCGGCAUCCUCUUGUUUUCUAUGUACAUCGUCUAUGACAUCCAGAUGAUGGUGGGUGGCCAUAAGAAUGAAUACAGCGAGGAGGAUUACAUCAUUGCCGCCCUCUGCCUUUACAUUGAUGUCAUUCAAAUGUUUCUAUUUAUUUUGAUGCUACUUGGCUUACUUGACGACUAAAUUGUAUAUCUAUAAAUAAUCUUAUCUUCAAUAUGCACAUUUUUA